AUGUUCACGACUCUUCUUUCAACUAUAGUUCUUGCGACAAGUGCCUUUGCUUCCCCAUAUCGACGACAGUCUCUCUCGCCCAACUAUCUCUACUUCAUCACCAACGACCCGCAGGGCAACUAUGUCGUGGCCGCCAACAUUGAUGCCAACGGCAAUCCAAUUUACGCAGGUGUUGCAUCUGCUGGUGGCGCCGGCGUUCAUGGUUUGGUUGACCCGAACGGCCCUGUGGUGCCCCUCAAUCCCGAUGCAACGUUCUCGCAAGGUGUCGUACAAGUUCAUCAGGGCAAUGGGCUCCUCGCGACGGUGAAUACCGCCAACCACACGGUCGUUCUUUUCGCAAUAGACCCUUCUGAUCCCGGUCGCCUCACGAUGUUAGGGCAGCCUGUCCCUUCUGGAGGAGAGGCUCCGAACUCCCUCGUCUUCAAUAAGGCUGGUGACCAGCUAUGGGUGCUCAACACGGGAGCGGUGAACGGCAUAGCAGGUUUCACCGUGACCAAGGAUGGACUGCAACCCCAAGACGGAACCUUCCGACCGCUGGGACUCAACGAAACAACUCCGUCCACCGGUCCAUUCGGUGCAGCGUCGCAAGUGGUGUACACGCAGGACGAGAAGAACGUCAUCGCCGCUGUGAAGGGCCCGCUAUUCGGUCCCGGAUUCCUUGCCGCCUGGCCUAUCGGCGAUGACGGGCAGCUCGCUGAGAAUUUCACAGAGAUCGCGACAGCUCCCGGAGGAGGACAUCCCUUCAGUUUGACUCCUAUUCCCGGCCAGAAUGCCUUCUUCUCUGCGGACUUCAGCAUCGGUGUCGAUGUCUAUGACUUCAGCAACGGCAUAGAAGGUGUCAAUAACAGCCCUCGCACAAUAGGAGUAGCCGUUCCCGGGCAAGAUGCAACAUGCUGGAGCGCAUACAGCGAGUUGCUAGACAAAUACUACGUCAUGGACGUCACGGGCCACCAGAUCACUGAAGUCCAGGUCGAUUCCAAUCUCGCUGUCACCGUCGGCGCAAACUGGUCGGUCACCACAGGCCCCAUUGACUCCGUAGCAAUGACAGUCAGCAACCACAGUUAUCUGUAUACCUUGUUGGCAAAGACCCUUCAGAUUGGCGUAUGGAAGUUGGAUGUCGACGGACUCCCGGAAAGCCAGCAAUUCUUGAACCUCACCGAGCCAGUCGAGCAAGAUGGUGCCUUCAUCACUAUGAACUAUGUUCAAGGGAUGGCGUCCUACACGGCCGAUUGGGAGGCAUAG